AUGGGCAUUAGAACGCAAGAGGAAGAGCCGAAAAUUGGUGCUCACGGCAAGCCAGUGAUUUUCUUGAAUCCUGACGAUACGGGCAAUGUGGUUCAUGAACUCGAACAGAAGUAA